AUGGAGGGAGAGACUGCAAGGAAGAGGAAGAUGCCCCAGGACACCCAGGCAGAGAGGAAGCUGAGGAUGGAGACCAAGAAGGACAAAUUCCCCCAACAGAACCUUGUGGAAGAGGCCGUUUUGAGCAGUGCCACGGUGCAGAAUUCCAACUGGGAGGAAAUGCCUCAGAGAUCCCACAGGAAGAGGGGCUCCAAGGCCAGUCCAGGGUGCUCUCAGGAGGAAAGACCCUCCCUGAGCCAUGAAGGUGGACAGAGCUUCAGCCAAAGCUCAGAGCUGGUGGUCCAUGAGCAGUUUCAUGAUCAGAAGAAGCCCUACAAUUGCUUGGACUGCGGGAAGGGCUUCAAGCGCAACUUCCACCUCAUCAGGCACAAGCGGACCCACACUGGGGAGAGGCCCUACGAGUGUGGGGAAUGUGGGAUGAGCUUUAGCCAGAACUCUAACCUGAUAUCCCACCAGAAGACCCACACCAGAGAACGGCCCUAUGAAUGUGGGGCAUGUGGGAAGAGCUUCAGUCUGAAGUCUCUCUUGAGCUGCCACCAGAGGAUCCACACUGGGGAAAGGCCAUAUAAGUGUGGGGAAUGUGGGAUGACCUUUAGUAGGAGGCCCCAACUGAUCAUCCACCAAAUGACCCACACUGGGGAGAAGCCCUACAAGUGCCCUGAGUGUCAGAAGAAGUUUCACACCAGUUCUCAUCUCGUCCAGCACCAGCGGAUUCACACGGUUGAGAGGCCCUUCCGCUGCCCUGACUGCGGGAAGGGCUUCAAGCACAACUCCACACUCGUCACCCACCGGCGCAUCCACACUGGGGAGAGGCCCUACGAGUGUCCCCAGUGUGGGAAGAGCUUCACCAGCAGCUCUCAUUUGACCAGACACCAACGGAGUCACCAGUAA